UAUCUUCCUCUGCUUUGACAUUCCUCCUAUUCCCUUCGUUCUCGAAAGCUAGCAGGUUCAUUCCCAUUUAUGAAACUGAAAAAUGUCCGUAAACUUGGACGGUUCUGAAGAAAAGAUGGAGCUGAAAAAGCAUGUGCCGUACAUCCUGAACGGGGAACUGUAUCGCAUCGAGAAGCAGGUGGGCGACAAUGUUACGGUCAAGUGCUGCUACUGUCCGCCGGAUCGGAUUUAUCGCGGCAGUGUCCGCUCCACCGGGAACUUUCACAUGCACAUCAAGAGACGUCAUAGUUCCUUGUUGGGCAAACUCCAUGAAAUGAAGGUGGCUGCACUGGAAGAACGCCGUGAUCGGAUCAUGAAAAACCGACGCUUUGCCAAGUCGCGCAAGAAGGCACCAGUUGCGGUUGCAGCCACAAGUACAGCUGCGCAGAGCGAUUCCGGGGUGUUCGUGGACAUGCAAGCUGCUGUUCCGUCUGGAAACGAAAGCCACGAGCUGAAAAUCAAAACGGUUUUUCAGCGCCACAAGCAAGAGCAGGAGGGAGCUACCCGCAAGCUCGAAGAUUCCACUUCAGAUAAAGCUAAUCUACCAAAUAUCCCUAAGAACUUGGGAAUUGUCGUUCAGAACGUCUCAAACAUCUCGGUGGAAACACUGCCCGGCGGUUCGACUCCUGCCAGUGUCUCCUUUCUGGGUCGUCCUGUCAAGCCUGAGCAGGGUAGUGGUCCGUCAUUCCUGGCUGAUCAGCCGGCUGCCAUAGAUUUGAGCCAGGUUCCACCAGUGCAGGGCGAGAGUAAAUCCAGUGGAUCGCUGGCUUCAUCGAUGGAGGACGUCUCCAUGGAGUACUCACGCUCCCAGGCCCUCUCACAAUCGCUAUCCAUGGCCCACUUCUUGGAGCAUCCUCAGCGAGAUGUGCUGCAGCGCCUGGAGCGCUCGAUGGCCCAAAUAAGUCAGGAGUUGCACUGCCGCAACCGCAUCGAGCACAACCGCAUGUUGUUGGAGGCAGCCAAGUUCAAGUUUCUAAAUCCGAAUUUUCAGUUUGAGCCGAAUCUGUAAGAGGCUCAAUAAGGAAACCAACUAGACUCCGCGCCAGAUUCUGAAUCCAAACCAAAUGGCAAAACGUUCAAAAACAAUGCAUUGAUAAAAGACUAAGGCUGUCCUAAAUAUAUUUCUAAAAUU